UUCUUGUAUUUCGUAGUUUCGAUCACCCCGGGUUUUUCUCGGACUAUAAUCGCGGGUCUCACGUUUUCCGUAGAGUAGAACUGUUCGUGUUUUAGUUCCUAUACAUACCUGAAGAUGGCGCGUGUUGUAGACGAGGCAACGAGACAGGACAUCAUAGCUUUGGUGAAGCUGCAAAAUGGCGGAGCUCCAGUUGAAAGCCUCGCGAGGGAAUAUUAUGACAUGAAAGGAGUACGCCUCAAGUUUUCCGAGUUGGGAUUCAAGAAUAUCUUCGAACUGGUUGGAGCCAUUCCGGGGUUGUGGAUAGAAAAUGGUCGUGUUCGUGCUGCUUCGAGUGCUGAUACUCGUCACCUCGAAUUACUAGUGACGAGUACGCAGUCGAAGAACAAGAAACAUGGAGGAUUCCACGGGGUUCCUUGUCGGAAUAAACCCGCCAUGCCCGUACCCGCGAAACCCAUCAGGCAUGAUUAUGCUGGUCAUCAGCAUUGGCGAAGUCCUGCACACAGAUUCAAUUACCCUCGACCUCUUGACCAGAACGUCGGCCUGAAUUCAGGAUUUGAUUCAAAAGCUGCCCCGUUUGGUAUCCGGGAAAAGACUUCUGAGGCUUUUGUAAACCGUGUCCCGUCUCUUGUGAAUCCAAACUUGCCAUCUCCGAAACGUUCGGAACACAAUGGGAAUUUUGAAAAUGAUGCUCUUUCCAAGAAUCAAAAGCAAAAACAGCUGCAAUCAGCUGUUGCUCAGGUCAAGGACUUCACUUCCACCGGAGUCCAGUGUGAACUGAAUGCAAAUUGCACUGUUUCUGAUACUUCUGCUGGAGAUUGGCAUUCAGAUGUGCAGAAACUUUCAAUUGAGGAGCGAAAAAAGGUUGAAGAUAACCUAAAUUCUAGGUUGAUGGAGACUCGAGAAACGGCCGACGAUCUGAUGUCGAAGUUGCUAGUGUUACGCUUGUUGAAGAUGCUGGAGAAACAAUUUCUCAGGAACGACACUAUUGAGAAAACCUACCAAGAGUUGUACAAAGAAUCCUUGUCUUUUGGGUGGGAGAAACAAUUGCCAACUGAACUUUUCCGGAUUCGUCACCAUUCGAAUGCAUUCGUGGUUUGGAGAGUGUGAUAAUCAUCAUGCAAUAUCCUCUCACUGAAUGAAUCGAGUUGAAAAUUAUUUGUUCUGUGCGAAUAUUCUGAAUUUUUAUCUUGCCUUGCUUUAAUUCGUUCAGAUGAACGCGAUUUUAAAAUUAGUAUUCAGACCAUUCGGCUUUCAUCUUAAUUGAUAGCAGACUUAAACCAAGCACAUGCAAAUAGGUGGAAAUGAUUCUUUCCAUUAAUAUUUGAAUAUCCUUUUUACACUGCGGCGUGAUGCGAAGAUCAGCAUGAAAUGGUUUGAAUUGGAGAAUUGAUCAAGGUUGUAGUGUUGUCUUGAAGGAUCAAUGAAUGAGAUAUUCUGA